AGAGAAUAAUUCUUUUUUUUCGCCUUCACAUGAACCACUUCAUUUCCCCCCACAACCUCACACCCACCCACACCCCACACACACGCCCACUCAGGAGGAACACUCUCACGGCUGACAACCUCUACAUUGCCGAGAUUGCUAGCACUGGAGGGUCUAGUAUCAGCUUUAGCAUGUACGCCCGUUUGGAUGGUGGCUUCCUCAGUGGCAGUGCCUUGGCAACGGCUGUACUGAAUCAUCGUGAUGAGUUCACAGCUCUUGGUUUUGAAGUGACUGAUGUGCAGACGAUUGGCACUGAACCAACCUCUCUCCUAUAUACUAUUCUGACGACCAAUCAGAUCAUCGGUGUCAGAGUGGGGGGUGGUCUGGGACUGAUCCUGAUACUGGUUCUGAUUAUUGUUAUCACAUGCUGUUGUGUCAAGUGUCGAUCUAGACUACCCAAGAGUAAGGCCAGGGGCGGUGGUCUAGAGUUCAUGAACUCUAACACUGGUUUUAACCUUAAUCCUGUAGUCCACGAUGGACUGGAAGAACAAGCCGUGCUAGAGUCAGCUGAGGAGAAGAAAGUGGAUCUCAACUAUAUAGGCAGACAUUAAAAUAUUUGAUAGAUACUUAAUAGUAACGUAAAUAAGUGAAA